AUGGCAACGAAGGCGCGCUUCAACAGGCAUAUGGCCAAGUUUAUGUCUCCUUUCCUUCAAGUGAACUUGGAAGAGAACGAGGGAGAUGUCUCCUCCGGAGGAGGCGGCGGCGGUGAUGGCGGUGGCGGUGGCGGUGGCCGUACCUCCUACGAUCCCCCUGACAUCGUUGUUCCCGCAGCGCCAGCGUCUAAUCGCUCUACUCCCAUCAUACCGACACGCCGACCACAAGCCCAGAGGCCCAGCGCGCAUCCUGCCGCCGACCCCGUGCCUAAGCCAGCGCCCCCUCCUACCCAACGCUCUCGAGCCCCCGCUGAAGCGGCCAAACCCACGCCCCCUCCUACCCAACGCCCUCGACCUCCAGCUCAACCGACCAAACCCACGCCCCCUCCUACCCAACGCUCUCGAGCCCCUGCUCCACCGGCCAAACCCACGCCCCCUCCUACCCAACGCUCUCGAGCCCCAGCUCCACCGGCCAAACCCACGCCCCCUCCUACCCAACGCUCUCGAGCCCCAGCUCCACCGGCCAAACCCACGCCCCCUCCUACCCAACGCUCUCGAGCCCCCGCUCCAGCGGCCAAACCCACGCCCCCUCCUACUCAAAGCUCUCUAUCCCCAGCUCCAGCGGCCAAACCCAGGCCCCCUCCUCCUCAAAGCUCUCGAGCCCCUGCUCCAGCGGCCAAACCCACGCCCUCUCCUACCCAACGGUCUCGAGCCCCAGCUCCAGUGGCCAAACCCACGCCCCCUCCUCCCCAAAGCACUCGAACCCCAGCUCCAGCGGCCAAACCCACGCCCCUUCCUCCUCAAAGCUCUCGAGCCCCAGCUCCAGCGGGCAAACCCACGCCCCCUCCUCCUCAAAGCACUCGAGCCCCAGCUCCAAUGGCCCAGCCCACGCCACCUCACGCCCCGACACCUAGUUCUGCGACCACGACCACGCCUACUCCUCUCAUGUGCUCGGUGUCUGAGACGGCCACACUGGCCAUACAGUACCCGGACGACAACCUGUGCGACAUCCUCAUGUACACCCACGUUCACGCCGUAGACAACCUGGUUGGGGCGGUCGACGACAUGGUGAGCUUCGACAUGUUCACCUCGGUGUGCGGCUCACGAUAUUCGAAGACCACCUGUGGCCUUUCGUUCGACUCACGCUUCAUCACGCCGGCGAAGUUGACGACCCAGCUAUGGAGGGACGUUGUCGCCUUACGGAAGUCGAACGUCAUGCAUUUGGGCAUCCUCAAUUUGUACGACAAGCCCUACACGGUCCUCGGCUAUGCUGCCAACGCGGAAGAAGUUCUCAAGGUAUGA